ACGUUUUGACCGGGACACAGGGCCGCGAGGAGGCAGCCGCGAUGCUCCCGUCUUUGCAGGAAUCUCUGGAUGGAGAUGAAAAGGAGCUGGAGAGCAGCGAGGAGGGUGGCUCCGUGGAGGAGCGGAGACUCGAGCCGCCACCCAGCAGCCACUACUGCUUGUACAGCUUCCGCGGAAGCAGAUUGACACAGAAUCGAGGAGAUUGCGAUGAUGGACAUUCAGGUGGCACCAAUGCAGAGACUCCCUCUGGCGAUGACUUCAGCCUCUCCUUGGUAGAUACUAAUCUACCAUCUGAAGUGGAGCCAGAGCUGCGCAGUUUCAUUGCUAAGCGUCUUUCCAAGGGAGCAUGCUUUGAAGGGCUGGGUAAUGUUGCAUCUGUAGAGCUGAGAAUUCCAGGUUACCGAGUUGGUUGUUAUUACUGCCUUUUCCAACAGGAAAAACUGCUUCCUGAAAUAGCAGCAAUGGAAUAUGAACAUAACCCUUCUGAGUAUGUGGUCUGCUUCUUAGGAGGCUCUGAAAAAGGACUGCAACUUUUCAGGCUUGAAUUGGACAAGUAUAUUCAAGGGCUGAAGAAUACCAUGAAUUGUGAGGAAAGGAGCCUGGGAAAUGAUGUCAGAUCCUAUCUGAAUAGCUGGUAUGAGGAUGUGGUGUGUCCGAUCCAAAGGGUGGUUCUUCUCUUUCAGGAGAAACUGACCUUUCUGCUACAUGCUGCUCUAAGUUACACUCCUGUCGAAUUUAAAGAAUCAGAUGAAAAAACUAAGAGAGACAUUAACAGGUUUCUGAGUGUGGCCAGUCUCCAAGGACUUAUUCAUGAAGGCACCAUGACCUCUUUGUGCAUGGCCAUGUCAGAGGAACAGCAUAAGUCUGUGAUCAUCGACUGUAGUGGCCCUAAGCCUCAGUUCCACAAUGCAGGAAGCAACCGUUUUUGUGAGGACUGGAUGCAAGCUUUCUUACAUGGUGCUGAAGGGGGUAACCCUUUUCUUUUCAGACAAGUCCUGGAAAACUUCAAACUAAAGGCUAUACAAGACACAAACAAUUUGAAGAGAUUUAUCCGACAGGCAGAGAUGAAUCAUUACGCUUUGUUUAAAUGUUACAUGUUCCUAAAGAACUGUGGCAGUGGAGAUAUCCUUUUGAAGAUUGUUAAAGUGGAACAUGAAGAAAUGCCCGAGGCCAAAAGUGUGGUGGCGGUCCUUGAAGAAUUCAUGAGAGAAGCGCUUGUCUGAAGUUCCCGUCCCUGUUGAGGGUCCGUUUCAUUGAGUGUGUUGAGGCUGCAUGUGAGGGGCUGUAGUUACCUGUUUUGUUUCUAGGAUUGCACUGUUCCUAAGAUGACUGGAAACACCCCAGCUUCUUCCUUUUGUGCUUUUUUUGUUUAACUUAAUUAAAUACAACAAUCAGAGGAAUGUCUUUACCAGGUCCUAGGCAGAUGCUGUGUGUUACAACUGUGGAAUUUUGCUGCCUUGCUAGUCUCAUAAAUCCUAAGCAUCAAACACUUGUUGUCUAAAAAGUUCUGGAGAUGAUUUUUUGGCUUCCUGGGAGUUUACUGUAGUGAUUAACAGGAUUUCCUCCUCCAAAAGAAACAUAGUAUGUCUUUCUCAGUACAUUGUAGAAGUUUUUGAAGUACAUGAUCUUAGCAAGAUGUGAUGACACAUGCCUAUCAUCCCAGCUACUCAGGAGGCUGAGGCAGGAGAUUCUGAGGUUCCAGGCCAGCCUGAGCUACAGAGUAAGUUUAUGUAAGCUCGGACUACAUGGUGAUCAUGAUCCUGGUCUUACUGCAGCAUCACAUCGCUUCAGAGACAGCCUGUUCAUCCUGCGAGUGCCUGAUACAUAUCGACGGUCGCAGGAAUGAUGAAGCCACCUUUUUAAGGGAAUAUACAAAUAAAUUAUGAGUGUAUAAGAAUUUUAAAA